CCAUCAAAGGGAAACAAAGUUGCGCUUUCUGUUGUGGAUUUUGAGAGGAGACCCAAUUACUUGUCAGCAGACACCUCUAGACAUCUCUCAAUGUCAUUUACCUUUAGUUUCUAUGCAGUUUUUAGUGUUCUUUUGAAUGCAGGUCUAUGCAAAUUUGAUAAUCUGUUGUCCCUAAUUCUGUGCAGAACCCGACGUUUUAACUUCGCAGAUGCUGUUUACCCAAACUUAAGGUGCCUGCUGCAAUAUUUUAGCUGGCUACCUUUUACCCUCGACUUGACAGAUACAUAACAACUAAUUAAAGGUUAAGUAUCAUUAUUGUUAAUCCCUUAUGUGGCUAUGUUACAUAAUAAUCGUUGUGGUGUGAAUACCCUUUUAAAUGGGUCAUCGAUCACUGACUUUUAAUGCCAGCUUCACCUAGAAACAUGACACUCAGUGGAUCAACUUUGCAGUCUAUCAAUAGUGAAUGCCUCUGUAAGGCCUCAUGUAAAUAGGCUAUCAUUCUGAUUGUGUACACACUCUUAAAAAAAAAAAGGUUCUGGAUAGAACCAAAAAGGGUUAUAUUGCUUGCUUCAUAUAUGGAACCCCUAAAUUCCUCAAACUCAACUCUGGACCUCGAAACCAGUUCCACUGCAUUUUUUCGUUGUUCCCCUUUAAUCAGGGAUUGAUUUAGACCUGGGACACAAGUUGUGUGCAAUUAUUUAUCAGGUAGAACAGAAAACCAGCAGGCUCCGGACCUCGUAGGGUAAGAGUUGAGUACCCCUGCCCUAAAGGUUCUUUGAUCAGAACGCCAGGGGUUCUUCUUCACGGAACCAAAAUUGGUUCCAUAUAAAACCCUUGAGUUCCAUAUAGGGUUAUAUAUGGAACCCUUUUUGGUUCCAUACAGAACAUUUUUUUCCAAGAGUGUAGACUACUGUUUUUAGCUACUCAGCUACUAGACUUUCCUAAAUUAACACUCUGCAGUCUUUUUUUGUUCCUCAUUAGCUUACAAGAUGUCUAUGGAACUGGAUGUGUUUGUGGGAAACCAACUAUCAUGGAUAUGGACAUCUAUCAGCUUUGGUUGGACGGCCUCACAGGUUUGUCUUUAUCCUAUUUGGUUGAGACUUUGGAAUGACAUGGAUGUAGUGGUGACACUGCACUUUGUGACAGAGGAAUUGACUGAUUUUGCUGUAUGAUUAUUACCUACAUUUGUUUUGAAAUCACACCACAAUAGAAUGUCAAUGACCAGACCGUGACAUAAUUUAGGUUACAUCCUAUUGUCUCUCUCCCAUGUCUGCCUUGCUUAUCCUCACAGUGAGUUAAUCAGUGAAGGUGCUGAUGGAUGAGGGGGCAUUACUGGAGUGUGAAGUGAAUGCCGAGGUUCUGACCAGCGAUACCAUGGACCAGUUCAGAACCUUCCAGAUGUGUGAACGUCUCUUACAUUUCCCCACCAAACUGGGCUACUCUUCCAGAUCCCUGCCCAGCACCAGAGAAUACUAA